CUUUCCGACACUAUAAGGGAAAAUAUUCUUCCGGUUAGGGUUGCGGAAUUGAAUGAGGCACGAUAACCAAUAACAAUGAAAUUUAAUCGACUUGUUUCUUCUUCGCGUCGAAAAAAUCGAAAGAGGCACUUCACGGCUCCUUCUCAUAUUCGAAGAAGACUUAUGUCGGCUCCUCUUUCGAAAGAACUUCGACAGAAGUAUAAUGUCCGUUCUAUGCCGAUUCGUAAAGAUGAUGAAGUACAGGUUGUACGUGGUCAUUAUAAAGGUCAACAAGUUGGCAAAGUUAUUCAAGUGUAUAGGAAAAAGUUUGUCAUAUACAUAGAAAGAAUUCAGCGUGAAAAGGCUAACACUGCUACUGUGAAUGUUGGUAUCGACCCAUCCAAGACAGUCAUAGUAAAACUAAAAAUGGACAAGGAUCGCAAGAAAAUUAUGGACAGGAGAAGUAAGGGUAGACUUGCAGCAUUAGGCAAGGAUAAGGGAAAAUAUACUGAAGACUCAACUGCAGCCAUGGAAACUUUGUAAAUUUAAGUUAUAGUUUCAUUUAUAAAAUUUAAUAAAAAAAAAUUAACAUUUUGA